UGUUUUCCUUCAUCCCAAACAUAGCAUAAAGAUCUUUAAUUCACUUUAAGGUCUAAUAACAUCAUGGCUUCUUUCAAGUGCUUCAUCUUUGCUGCAUUUUUCGUCUCUUUGUCAUUUUCAAGCAUGGAUGUUGGCUCAGCUGCUCGUCAUCUUCAGCAAUUACCACCUUUGCCUUCAGUGCCAAAUUUGCCAAAGCCUUCAUUACCACCAUUGCCUAGUGUCCCAACUCUGCCACAGCCCACAUUACCCACAAACCCAUCUUUACCUAAGCCUACACUACCUCCACUUCCCAGCUUCCCUAGCGUCCCUAAGGUUGCUUUGCCUCCAUUGCCAAGUAUCCCAUCAAUCCCCACUAUUCCAAGUACAAUUCCCUCGAUCCCAUUCCUUUCUCCACCACCUGGCAACUAAGUAUGUUGGAUUAAAUUGUGGAAGAAGAUUGGAAUCUCGGACUCUGUAUUAGAAGAAUGCUGCUACAUCCCUUUGGAGUUAUUUGUGAUUUUGAUAGUUGUUUGUCAUUUAUUUCAUUAUGGGUUUGAUUUGAUUCUAUGAUUAUACGUAAUUAUUUGAUGUCCUAAUGAUUAUUACUUGUAAUUUUAUUGUGUUUUGAUGAUUAUUAUUUGAGAAAAUUAUUAUCUAA